UUUCGUUAAGUUUUGUCCCGGCUUCAUACAUAACCUCACUUCGACGCGUGUGUAAUCAUGCAAUGUUUAUUUUGAUUUUAUGUCCAAAUUGUGCUCUUUUCCUUUGAUUUUCUCGCGCACCGUGCUGGGUAAAUUCAUGAGUACCUUCACGCAAGUGUUCAAUCCCAUCUCCGGACAGAUGGAGUGGGAGGUUCGUAGUUCCGACUACGAUUUUUACCAGGAAGUGGCCAGGAGUGACUAUGGGGACAUGCUGCAUGACACUGAGCGCAAUGUGAAGUACUAUGAAGCCCUCAGGAAGGCCAUAGCCGGACUGCAUAGUCGUGGUAUCAAAGCCAAUGUCCUGGACAUUGGAACAGGAACAGGGCUCCUGUCGAUGAUGGCCGUGGCUUCGGGAGCAGACUCCGUGGUGGCUUGUGAGGCUUUCAGACCCAUGGCAGACUGUGCUGAGCGGAUCAUCGCUAAGAAUGGAAUGGGUGAGAAGAUUAAGUUAAUUAAAUUGAGAUCGACUGAGAUCAAAAUUGGUCGGGAUAUGGAAUCGAGGGCGAAUAUUCUCGUGACGGAGGUCUUUGACACGGAACUCAUUGGGGAGGGUGCUAUAGAUAUCUUUAGGCAUGCCCAUCGAAAUCUCCUUGAAGAGAAUGCCACGGUUAUUCCGCAUUUUGCCAGGAUUUAUGCUCAAGUUGUUGAGAGUCCUUUAGUUGCGGCUUUCAAUAAACCCAAAUUGCUGGCCAAUUUGGAUGGGGAGAUCUUGCUAAAGACUCCCAGUGAGAUUGUUGAUUGUCCUGGAUCGACAUCUCUGCACGAAGUUCAGCUGAAUCAGCUGCCAAGAGAGUCUUUCAAAAGUCUCUCUGAGCCUCAUGUGGUCUUCUCCUUUGACCUCAGUGGGAAGACUGAAUUGGAGAAUAACAGAAGGAGGGCAGUGGAGACAAGGUCUAAAGAGACUGGGACUGCUCAAGCUGUUUUUAUGUGGUGGGAUUUGCAAAUGGACGUUGAGGGGGAGAUUCUCCUAAGUUGUGCUCCCUAUUGGGCUCAUCCGGAUUUUGAGCAGCUCAAGAUGCGGGCUUCUGCCCGAAGACCCCUGCCCAAUGUCAUCCCCUGGCGGGAUCAUUGGAUGCAAGCCCUUUACUACCUCCCACAAGACGUGAAUCUCCAAAAAGAUCAACCAUUCUCCCUCGUGGCCUACCACGAUGCCCUGUCUCUUUGGUUUGACAUAACCACAAACAUUCCGGAAGGCCGAACCCUGUCUCCACCCUUCUGCACCUGUGGCUUCCAUGUGGCAUGCUCAAGGACUCGAAUUGGCCAAUUAAAUGAUCACCUGAGGAACAAAAAGUACCUCAGGAUGCUCGAAGGCAUCCCCUCAACAGCCACAGUUCUCUCCAUCGGCGAUGGGAGUCUCCUGGGCCUAGCCACAGCAAAAAUCGCCCAAAGAGUCUACUAUCUCAAUUUUAAUUACUUCUCCGAGAAGGUCACGAAGCUCUAUGUGACCUCAAAUGGGCUGGAAAAUGUCACAAUUGUGAACAAUGUUGAGGAUAUUGAGAAGCAUCUGAAGGAAGUGACUCAUGUAGUCGCUGAACCGCACUUCAACACUUCCAUUCUGCCCUGGGAUAAUCUGUUCUUCUUCAAAUUCAUCAGAACGCGACUGAAUGAUCUGCCCAAGGAAGUCGCAGUGUCCCCAGUGAAGUGUGACAUCGAGGCAGUUCCUGUUGAAUUUCUGGAUCUGCACAAGAUCAGGAAGCCACUCAGGAAUGUCGAAGGGUUCAACAUUGAGGAAUUCGACAAAAUGCUAGAGAAAGCCUCUGCAUUGGCUGAUUCGAAAUUCGAAGCUCAUCCUUUAUGGGAGUAUCCAUGUCUAGCCCUAGCAGAUCCUCUGAAGAUCUUUACGAUAGAUAUCGAUAGUUUUCCAGACUCUUCCAGCACAUUCUCAAGCAGAUCCUCUUUCAAAUUCUCUGGGCGAUGCAAUGGAAUAGCUUUCUGGGUGGUAUGGCACCUGGACAGGUCGGGAAGUGAGAAAUCACAAGUUGGAACUGGUCCAAGGGAAGCCGUAGAACCGGGAAAAUUCAUCAAAUGGGAUAGUUUUACGAAACAGGGCGUGUUCUUUGUUGUGGAGCCGAUUCCGGUGGAAGCAGGAGAGCAGUAUUCCCUGGAAGUGACUUUCAACAGUACAACAGGACCUGUUGAAUGCAAAUUGUCAAAGAGUCCCUGAGGAAAGGGUGUGUUUAUUGAUUAAACAAAAUGUUAGAAAAAUUAAUAAAUUCCGAGUUUGAUCGA